AUGGGGAAGACCGCAUUUGUGUGGUCGUGGGGACCUCUGGGUUGGUUGGUGCUGAGCGAGAUGUCGCCGCUGGGAAUCCGAUCGGCGACUCAGAGCAUUACGGUUUCGGUUACUUUCUUGAUUGCUUUGCUGUUCCUCAGCUUGCUAUGCAGAAUGAAGUUCGGACUCUUCUUCAUGUUUGCUUUCUUCGUCGCCAUCAUGACCUGCUUCAUCUUCUUCUUCUUGCUAAAAACCAAGAACGUCCCCAUUGAAAACAUGUUCAUUGUCUGGAGCCAACACAGGUUCUGGAAGAGAUUCAUGCCUGCAGAUGGCCCUGAAGAUAAUGGCAAAACUCUGGAAUUAGUCUAG